UGUGUACGCUCAUUGAAGCACCAUUAAAACAGGGAUACAUAUUAUAACAAGUGAUAUAAGUUUGAAUUAAUGAGAAUAAAAUUAUCACAAUGUUUCAUCAUAUUACAAUAUGAAUGUAACUUUUGGCCCAGCUAAGAUGGCGCCUGGCUGCGGCCGAGGCAUUUGUUGUUCGCUGCCUAGGAAGAGGCUCCUAGUAUGCAUGCUUCUGUUGCUUGCUGGGACUCUUUGUACCAUCGGCAUUGUUUCAUCAGGCUAUUCCCGGAUACCACACGAGUUUCAGGUUCAAACUCAAAUAGCUGAAAUGCAAAGCCAUCUUAAAUUUUUGGAAUCAUUAUACAGGGCACGACAGGAGGAUAUCAUUAAUUUGGAGCACAAAAUUGGAACCACUUCCAUCAAUGUUUCACAGCGUCCAACUGUUAAUGAUAACCAAAAUAUAAUAAACUCGGACGUUACAACUCUGCUUAACAACUCGGACACAAUGCUCUCGCUAGCAUUGCACACCCAAGAACUAGCCUCGAUGAAGUCUGUUUUUGUUUUCCAACUUCUGCCUUAUCUGAUGAAUGAUCCUGCAAGUCUACGUCCAGCCUUCCACAUGCAGGCGAACCGCGGAUUUGUUAAAAACGUCAUAGGAAUACCAACUGUAAAGCGAGAUAAGGAGUCAUACCUUAUGGUCACCUUGACGCAUUUAAUCGACGGCUUAAAUGACGAAGACUUAGAAGACACCUUGAUUGUAGUCUUCGUGGGCGACACCGACACCGAAUACGUCAUGAAUAUUGCUAAGGAAAUCAAGAGAAGAUUUCCGCAACACGUCGAAAGUGGGCUCAUCGAGGUGCUGUCACCAAAUGCCGCAUAUUACCCUGAUUUUGGAUCAAUUCCGUUGACCCUUGGCGAUUCGGCUAAGCGCGUCAAAUGGAGGACAAAGCAAAAUUUGGACACACUCUAUCUCAUGGCGUAUGGCCAAUCCCGUGGUACAUAUUAUCUGAUGCUUGAAGAUGAUGUUAAAGCGAAGAAAUCGUUUAUGAAGGAUAUAAAACGCUUUACGGCAAGUACAUCUGUCUCGGUACCCAAUUGGUUUUUGAUAGAAUACUGUACUGUUGGUGGUAUUGGGAAACUAUUUAAGUCUGCUGAUCUCGUACAUUUUAUCACCUACGUGCAGCUCUUUUAUUACAAUAUGCCCAUUGAUUGGCUACUUGAGAGCUACUUGGCUGAUCGCGUGUGCCCUAUUGACAAGACAACUAAAGCAUGUGGGGAUAGCAAACUUAAAAUCCGCCCCAAGUACAAGGAGUCUCUCUUUGAACACAUUGGCUUUUACUCUUCUCUGAAAGGAAAGAUUCAAAAAGUCAAGGACCACGAAAUCACCGGCGUUAUACCUAACCACUUCCCACACCGGAAUCCACCUGCUCGUGAUGUGAAAACGGACAUCGAAGUUCACAAUGAGUUUCAUAUCAUCAGUGCCUACAAUGGAGAUACAUUCUUUUGGGGUGUUACUCCGAAGGCGGGAGCUUUAAUCGAGUUCUGGUUUGCUAAACCAACAGACGUUAUAGGAUACACGUUCCGCACCGGCAACGGUCUGCAUCCGACUGACAUAUUGAAGGACGGUGUAGUUGAAAUCUACCCUCACUACCAACGACAGUUUAUAACGAUUAACGCUUUCGACGAAUUCGGUCUUGCUGAGGGCGCGAUUAAACCUGAAUAUGGCCCCCUCGACGCAAUCCGUAUCCGUGUUACCAAGACUUUGACUCGAUGGCUGGUUCUUAGCGAGAUUGACCUCAAGACGGCUAACAAGACAGUUGAGGAUUGACGCCCAUUCUAUUCGCACCCCCCACGCAGUCCACACGCCCCAGUUGCCAAAGACGCGUACAAGGAAUUCGAAAAACAUCGCAUUCUUCAACGUUAAAUCCAACGAAAAAGUCUUGAAAUAUUUUCAUUUUGUGUUUUUCGAGUUUCGAAAUGUAUUUUUAAUAACUUGUUUAGUUUUGGUUGCAAUUUGUUUCCAAUUAGGUAGAAUUUUCCCGUAUUUUAAUUUAUUUAAAGGCGUUAUUGUGAAAAUUUUAGGAUUUCUGAUACCUUAGAAAUUGUUUCGUUCAUUUCGUACUUAAUAUAUUUUGUGUAUCUUUUUAAAAUUUAUUUAGAAUUUAGUAGUUAUCAGUAUUUCUAUUACAACGACUAGGCAAGUUAACGGCAACGAAUAAUCCAAAGCGAAAUUUUUACCUUUUUUUGUAUUGCGAUCAGUUCCCAUAUUAGGGAAUCCGUCAGUAAGAUCCAAUGACGAAAAGUAAUUGAUUUUUUUAAUUUUGUUAUUUAAUGUUGAUUUGUUUGCGGUUUGAUAUAUUCAAAUUAUUUUUUAUACUAUUUUGUAAAUAUUAUUAUUGUAUAUUUUGUUUAAUUACUUAGUUUAUAGUUUAAGUUAAAAUUUAACUAUUUUUUACAUAAACAUCAUAAUACCUCAAAGAAACAGAAAAACAUUGUUUAAACCAACGCUCCAUACAAGCGGCAAAAUGCACUUAAUUAAAUAACUUAACGUAAUUUUCGUCAACCGCAUGAACUUUGCUAGAUAUGAGGUUUCUUUGAGAAGAACACUUGAAUUAAUGGACCCAUUCUGAGAGCAGAACGGGAGUAGCGGUGUUUUUGGGUUUUGUCUUCCGGUACAUCCUGAUACGACCUAAGUGUUGAUCUCAUACGAGUACAGUUUAAACUCCAUAUAACGUUAAGUACACCCCGUAAACGUCGAAAGAACACGAUUUCCCUUUGACGUUUCCUUAACAACUCUAUAAAUCCUAGAAACGGGCAGUCGCUACAGUUUUUACUGUAGUUAUUUUACGGAAGACAAAACUUCAUUUAGAAUAAGGUAUUAACCAAAGUUAAUUGCAUUUAAGUGUACCAAUGUUUCGACAUUGUAAGUGUUAGUAUAGUAAAAAAAAAAAUCCACGGUUCACACGAUUUUUUUAUAUAAAACAAAUCGUUACUUAUUUAAUUUGUAAUUUUUUUAUCAUUUUUCUAUCCACAGAUCUUGUGUAUUUUUUGUUUAAUUUUACAUUAUACGUCUGCGCUUUAAGCUGGUUUCCCUUUUCGGGUCGUUGUUUUAAGAUCUGAGAUUCUAUAUUAAAAUGACAGCUGUACUCUCGUUGGAAGAAAUUCUCUUCUCGUCGAAAAUCUCGUCCAGAAUUCGGGUUACGGUGGGGGUGGUAUUUUUAUGAUUGACCGUAUACGCAAGUUUGUGUUAUUUACUAAAAAUUCUGAUUGAGAUCAUUAUUAUAAAGAAUUUGUAAAUUACAUUCCAUGCAAUUGCGUAACAUCACUAAAAAAUUGUAAUAAAGCCAGACUAUCCAGGCUUCUGGGAGCCCCUAGAUUCGCCCAUCGAGGCCAUUCAAAUACUCUUUCAGUCUAUCUACAGACAUCGUUAGACCUGGUGAUGCCUCAGCGGGUUUGUACAGCCGCCAUAGUUUCUUCUAUUUCGUGAACUGUGGGUUACAAAAAAAUAGUUGUUGUCAUUCGAUGUUUAAUCUUCUUUAAUCUAUCUUAGUGUAAUUUUUGAACUCGAUACCUCGGUCUGAACUGAGGGUUACGAAAAAAUAGUUGUUGUCAUUCGAUGUUUAAUAUUAAUCUUAGUGUAAUUUUUGAAGUCGAUACCUCGGUCUGCUCAAUUGUCUAAAGACUAACAAAAAAUCCGGACCAUCGAAAAAUGUAUUUUUUGGAAUAUUAUGUAAACAUUCAGUGAUAUAAAUUCGUGAAGACUGAAAUUAUAUUUCACUUAAAAAAGGCUCAAAACUUAAAGAAGGCUCAAAACUUGAAGUAGGUCUAGUUUGAAAAUAGAAUUCAGAUGUAUCGAUUUCAAAAUCCAUGCUUAAUCAAUUAAAUGACUAGCCAGUGUUGUACAAAUGUAAGGUAGUAAUAUAGGUUGUGUCGACGGACUGAUGUAAUAGACUGACGGUGAGGUAUUUGACGCAGGCCAUGUCGGUUACCAUAUACGGUAAACAUAGUAAAAAACGAACAAUUAAUAUUAAAUUCCGAAGGGGAAAUUUGUGUAUGAACUUAAAAAAUUAAACGUCGCUCAUUGAAUUUCUAAAUUUACUAACGGUCCCGGAGGGACAUUUUUCGGUCAAUAUUAAAAGGUAUUUAAGAUUUGGUAUAAGAAUUAUUUAAAUAUUUACAGGGAGUGUGUGUUCGAGAAUCGAAUUUGUAUACACUAGUUAAUCAUUUAAAAUGUAGCCAAAGUUGUUAGUCGUCUAAUUGUGACUUAUGUAUUGAUGUUAUUAGGAAUAAGCUUCUUUUCUGCUUUUCUAUGCCUACAUUUAUGCUUAAAUUCGGGGAAGAAUAUAGAAAAGGCUGGGUAAAGACUUAUACAACCGAAGACUGCACCAACCAGUCAUUAACAACAAGAAUGCAAUUAUACCGACAUGCAAGUCGAAAAGAAUACAUUCGAAAAACAACGAUGCCCCAAAGCCUGUUGAAGGUAAAUCAACUAACAAUGUUCAAAUACCCCGAUGUUAUGGCUUUAAUAAAAUGUGUUUUGGUGUUCCAUGGUCUCUCCGAUAUCAAAUACAAAAUCAACGGAAUUUUGUUUUACUAUGGUAAAAAUGAGAAAGCUAUCACUUAUGUUGGUCUUCUUAUCACUUAAGGGAGCGUUUUGCGUAACGGAUUGUGGUUCGAUUUUCGUGGGGGGUUACCACCGCGUAAAAUCCCCAAAAGUUGCGUACGAUCGCUCCUUAACAUCUAGUUCCAAUCGCUAUAAACAGGCCAUUUAAAACUCAAAACUCUUUGUAUAAUGGUAAAGUUGUUAUUAAUCAUAUUUGCGCAUUAACUAGCAAAUUUAAUUAAUACGUGGUAUUCCCUUUAUACAAAGAUCGGGUAUAAAUUCAGUUCUAUUUCGGAUAGUCGAUAUCAUCGAACCCGCGUUAUACGUAUAAUAUUUUCUUUAAUGCCACCCCUGUACGAAUUAACAUUUUUUAAACUGCAAUGUGGAAUUGAAUACGGUAUUAAAGAAAAUAAUAUAUAAUUCGCGUGUUAACCGGACCAUGUAAUACCUUAACACAUACCUACUAUGUUUAAAUUCGCCUUCUGCUUAUGCGCUGUGGAAACUGUUGAUGUCUUAUUUCUAAAACUGUACGCAUAUUGCAUCACCUAAUCGCGGUAAGUCGGAGUACAUAAACUCGUCGAACAACUUUCACAAAUUUUAGUCCUGAUCCACAACUUUCCCUAUUAACUCUGAGGUAGGUUUAUUAUUUUUUAUUAAACGUUCAUAUUUGUUAAACAUAGCACGUCGAUCAAUAAGAAUUGCGCUCUGAGAAUAGAUGCUGGUACAACGACUUAUAACCAAAGACGAUGAUUUGCAUUUAGUUUAGCCAUUUAGUGCAAUUUAUUAUUUAAUUACAAUAGUACGUUUUAAGAGAUAUCCUAUACAGUUUUAUUUUUGUAAUCUAGAAUAUUUAUACAUUUUUGAAGACUUUAUGUACCUAUCUAUAGUUUUACCUAAGGAAAGUCUAGUUUGUAAUUUAAAUUAACGAUCGAAUCGUUAUAUUAUUUAAGUGUUAUUUUGUAAUCUGCCAUUCUAUGUUAAGGACAUUGUAUUCAUAUAAAAUUGUAAAUAUCCGCACAAGUACACCCUGAUAUUAUUUUUCUAAUAUAUGUUACAAAAAAAAUUUACUAACACUCAAAACAAUGUUGAGACGACGAAUU